CCCUUCUUUUGACAACGCUCUCCUCUUCAGGACUAAGUCUGCGCUGGAGGAAAUUAACUGCGAGGGAGAAGCGCUAAUCACACCUCCGAGCGGGAGCCAACUCCGGGGAGCAGCGUGUGCCGCCAGCCCCAGGAUAUUCCCUGCCUCCAACCUGAAGUGAUCCCUCCUGGAACGGUUCAGUCGCGCCUGCAGUUCACCUUUGCCUGCAGUUAACCAGCGUGCAAUUUGGGUUUAAUGGAGCUGAGUUUAUUGUUCCUCUUUGGACUUACGAUUACGUCGACUGCAGGGACCGCGCUGCCCCGGCCCCGCUCCGCGCUGCCGGCGGCCGGCCCGGGACACCGCGAGCGCGACGAGAGCGGAGCGGCGGCGGCCGCGGGCGGCAGGGCCAGGGCGGACGGCGCAGCGCUGCGGCACCGGGCCCGGCGCUGCACUUGCUACACCUACAAGGACAAGGAGUGCGUGUACUACUGCCACCUCGACAUCAUCUGGAUCAACACCCCCGAGAGGACUGUGCCCUAUGGACUGUCUAACUACAGAGGCAGCUUCAGAGGCAAGAGGAGCACAGGGCAGAGCCAGAGCGCGCCCCAGCCCUCGCUGCGCUGUUCCUGUUUGGAUGCCCGUGACAAGCAGUGUUUGCAGUUCUGCAGAAGAAUGCAGGACAGAAGGAGAAAUCAUGGAUCAAUGAAAAAGACAGAGGAGAAAGACCAAUGCAGGGAAGAGGAACACAAUUUUGUUCAGUAGCACAGAGAGUCUGGAGGAUUCUGAACAAAUCAGCUUUAACAUUUAUUUGCUGGAGCUCAGAAACAAGAACUUAAACUACAACUCUCCCUUGAGAUGGACAAACUUGAUGCUUCAGUGUGAUGCCAGUGGAGAAUUCAGCAGUAGGCAACACUUCCAUUUCAGCAGUGCCCCUCUGAGGGCAUGGGAACCUGUAUGAAGAAGCUUUUCUCCCCUCGAGAGAGCCUCAGAAAAGGAUAAACCUUUACCAUGUAACCUGGCAGGGAAUGUAUCACUAUUGAGGAAAACUUCAAAGGCAGACCCAAACUUCAGCAAUGCAAAGCUUCAGGAAACGUUUUUCUCUGUGAUUUAAACAAGUACAAUAGAAACUGUUCCACUCACUGUUUGC